AUGGUCAUGCAUCCCCUGCAGACCUUGGAAGAAGCCCUCGACGCUUCGGAUAAAUUCAUCCGAGCCGAGGAAUGGAACAAGGCAAAGCUACAAUCUCAGUCAGGGCUUGUGAAGCCAAAAGGACCUGCGACGAGGGAAGAGGGAAGAUUCAGAAAGCCGAAGCCACCUCCUUCUUGGCAUCAAAAGAAAGGGAAGGACCAUUGGUGUGAGUUCCAUGAAUCUCGUGGACACCGCACCGAGGACUGCCUUCAGCUGAAGGACCAGAUCGAAGAGCUGGUCCAAAAAGGAUAUUUAAAGAAAUAUGUCGCGGAACGCCGCGAAGAAAAGAAAGCUGAGAAAGAUUCUCAGCAAGAGCUGGACUAUCACCGGAAAAGGGACAGACCUCCCGAAGGAGGGAAUCCUGACAUCUUGACCAUUUUCGGUGGCAUGUCUCGGAACGCACUUAAGCGCCAUCUGAGGGGUCUCACCCAUCAGAUUCAUCAUGCCGAGUUCCAGAAACCGCAGUCUCCGGUGCCGAACAUGAUGUUCACAUCCGAAGACUGCAGGGGGGUGGUGUAUCCCCAUGAUGACCCUUUGGUUAUCAUGACAAGCAUCGCAAACCACAACGUCUAUCGGACACUGGUAGACGGUGGCAGAGGGGCGAAUAUACUUUUCCGAAAGGCAUUCGACCAGCUGAAGUUGGAGAGCAAGCAUUUGACCCCAGUUCCUUAUCCGGUCACUGGAUUCAACGACUCUUCUUCAUAUCCAGAUGGGAAAAUUCUUCUUCCCGUUAGCCUCGGCCAAGACCGGGCAAGAUGA